AUGAAGUGGCUUGGGGUCCUCUGGCUGGCGGCCCUCUCAGAAUGCUUAGUCAAGAUCCCCCUGAGGCAGGUCAAGUCCAUGAGAGAAGAACUCAGGGAAAAAUACUUGCUGGACGGCUACCCAGAGAAGCAGCCCGACAUGCCAGCCUACAAGUAUCUUCACAGAUAUCUGAACGAGGACAAGACUUUCAUGCCCCUGAGGAAUUACCAUGACAUGGCCUACGUCGGCAACAUUCAUGUUGGAACACCCCCUCAGAACUUCAAGGUCAUCUUCGACACGGGUUCAACCCACCUGUGGGUGCCCUCCAUCUACUGCUCCAGCGCAGCCUGCACUAAUCACCAAGUCUUCGACCCUCAGCAGUCAUCUACCUACGUGACAUCUUACGAGACUUUUAGCAUCUUCUACGCCUCCGGGGAGGUGUCCGGAUUUCUGGCCUCUGACAAUGUUCAGAUCGGGAACCUUAUUGUCAUGAACCAGACACUGGGCCUGACCCUGAAGGAGGGCGAGGCUAUGAAAAAUGGGCCCUUCGAUGGUAUCCUGGGCCUGGCCUACCCUGGCCUCUCCCGCCUUAAGAUCACCCCCUUCUUUGACAACCUGCGGCAGCAAGGCCUCCUUUCUCAGGAAGUCUUCGCCUUCUACUUAAGCAGCAAAAGCAAGGAGGGCAGCGUGGUGAUGUUCGGAGGGGUGGACCCCACCUACUACAUUGGCGAACUCAAGUGGGUGCCCGUGUCCAGACCCCUUUACUGGCAAAUAACCGUGGACAGCAUCUCCAUGGACGGGAUUGUCAUUGCUUGUUACGGAAGCUGCCAGGCCAUCCUGGACACCGGGACUUCGCUGCUGGCUGGCCCGGCAACGGAGGUCCUCAACAUCCAGAAGAGACUCCGUGGCAGGCACUACUACAAUGAAGAGUUGGUGGUCCCCUGCGAGGCCAGGAAUACCCUGCCUGACAUCGUCUUCACCAUCAAUGGCUUCGACUUCCCUUUGCCAGCCAGCGCCUACAUCCAGCUGAUCCGCGUGGGCGGGCCGCGGGCCCGGGACGGCUGCUACAGCAACUUCAGGCCGCUGCGCGACGCCCCGCGGCCGCGCUUCUGGGUGCUGGGGGCCGUCUUCCUGCGCAAGUUCUUCUCCGUCUUCGACCGCGAGAACGACCGGAUCGGCCUGGCCCCGGCGGCGUGGGUGUGA